AUGGAUGACAAAGGUAUCUGUUUUAAGCAUCUAGAUUCACCUGUCUCUUAUGGAUUGUCAACCUUUAGACUUUUGAAUAAAGUGUCCCUAUCUGUGCUUCGGGUUUCAGACGAGUUUUCAGUGCCCUGGCAUCUCAUUGCAGUGACUCUUGGGGUCUUCUGUUUACUUCUUUUGGUGACAGUCACAGUGUUGGGGACAAAGAUUUUGCAGUGCACUCAAGAAGAGCACAGACAGGAAGCAAGUCCACGAAAUUUCAGUCAAAAGUAUCACAAUAUACAAAAUGAUGCCUACUUAAAGGAGAAGCUUUUGAAUAAGACUUUAGAAUAUGACAUUCUCAAAAACGAAACCCUUCAGCAGAAAAAGGAACUGGACUCAGUCUUUAUAGAAAAGAAGAGAUGUCAUAGAAAACAGGAGAGCUUUUCAAAGUCUUUGCAAAAUACAGGCAAACUCUAUGAAGACCGCUGGUCCUGUCGUGGAGUAAAUUGUUAUUAUUUUACCACUGAAGUUAAAACUUGGCAGGGAUGUAAACAGACUUGCCAAAGUUACAAUUUAUCUCUUUUGAAGAUAAAUGAUAAAGAUGAACAGGCCUUCCUUCAACCCCAGACUUAUGGAAAUAGCUACUGGAUUGGAUUAUCAUAUAAUGCAGAGGAAAGGAAGUGGAAAUGGAUUGACGGUGACACAUCUGGAAUUAAUUCUCCAAUAAAGAGUUUGCCUUAUGGGAAAGAAGAAUGUGCAUUUUUAAGCUCAACAAGAAUAGAAAAUACUUAUUGCCUUAAAACUUAUAAUUGUCUCUGUGAGAAGAGAUUUGAUUGUGUUUCCACUGCCUGCUUCAAGUAGACACAGAAGAAAAGCAGGACUUAUUCCACUGUGGAAAAAGAGAUGAGUUGGAACAGGAAGAAAAUGCUCUUUUGGACUGUGAUAUAAGAGAUCAGAUGCUGGCUGUCUUCUCGGGGAAGCGGGGAAGAUUUUGUUUUUGGAAAUCAGUUACCCCUCUCUUUAAUGGCCCUGAGAAAGUGUCUCUUCUUCAUUCCCUGAACUACCCACAGAAUCAAUCAGAGAACUCUGGAUCUGUUCCUUACCCAUAUGGUAAAUCGUUUCCAUAGCCUUAGGCUUGGGGAUAUAGCACAAUUAAGAACUAAAAAAUAGAUAUCCUGCCAAUCCCCCAUCUAGAUGCUUACCUCACAUUUAAUUUUUAUUAUUUUUUUAUGAUUUCAAACAUAUUGAAAAGUUGAAACAAUAGUAGCAGGAACUCUCAUAUAACCAUAUAACCCAUAGUUACCAUUUGUUUAUAUUUUCCUCUAGCUGCACUUUACUGUUCUCUUUCUCUCUCCAUACUGAUCCGUUUGAUUAUAUAUUCAGGACAUUACAUCCCUUUGUCUAAAUAUUUUACAAGAACAAGGACUUUGUCUUGUAUAACCAUAGUACAAUUGUCAAAAUCAAGAAAUUUUGCAUUUCUGCAGUACUAUGAUUUAUCUAUAAUCCGUAUUCAAAUUUUGUCAUCUGUUUCGACAAAGUCAUUUAUAGGUGAUUUUCCUCCAUGUUCAGGAUCAUGCAAUACAAUUAGUUGUGAUGUCACUUUAGUCUCCUUUAAUCUGGGACAGUUCUUCAGGAUUUUUUGUCUUUCUUGACCUGAACAUUUUAAAAAUCAACUUUAGAGUUAUACUU